UAAAAACGCUCUGAGCCAGUUCCCACCGUGGAAGAGAGUUCAAUCCGGAGUCACUCCACAGGCUGUUGUUGAGGAUAUCACACCAAAAACUGCAAACAUGGUUGAGAAUUUUGUUGGAACAUGGAAGAUGAUUUCCAGCGAGAACUUUGAUGACUACAUGAAAGCAAUUGGUGUGGGAUUUGCAACCAGGCAGGUGGGGAACCGGACCAAGCCCAAUUUGAUAGUGACCGUGGACGACCAGGGGACUGUGUGCAUGAAGUCUCAGAGCGCCUUCAAAACUACCGAAAUCAAAUUCAAGCUCAACGAGCCGUUUGAAGAGACCACUGCCGACGAUAGGAAGACAAGGACCGUGGUGACUCUGGAGAACGGCAAACUUGUGCAGAAACAGAGCUGGGAUGGCAAAGAAACUAAUAUCGAGAGGGAGAUCACAGAUGGGAAAUUAAUAGCGAAAUGCAUAAUGGGAGAAGUGGUCGCAGUGAGGACGUAUGUGAAGGAGGCGUGAUGGAGGGUGGGGGGGUGGUCCCCCUUCCCUCUCCCCACUCCCACUCUUCCUCCCUGUUACCUUGGAUGCAUUGCUGGAUGACAGGCUCAGUUCAAUGAGCGUUAAAGAAAAAGAAAAAUACCAAACUAAAGUAAUGGCGUGUUCUUCUGCUCUCCUUUAUUCUUUAUCUUCGCUGUGUUGCCAAAAUCAAAUUUCUGUGCCUCCGUUCUCCAACAUGACACAUUUGGUUUCAUUUGGAAUUGUUGUGGUGAUUUGAAUAAAAAUGAACAAACUACUGUCAAAAAA